CACGGUGAAGCGGUCAAGUCAACAUUAUUACGCUCACGUGUUUCCUUGUCGCCACCACCAUCAUGGCACCUGGCAGGCUAGUCAGCACCAUUAGUGUCACCGUACCACGGCACAAUGCUCCGCGCAUAGGCAAGAAGCUUGGUGCAGAAAUACAGGCGCAGGCUCGUACGCAGGGCGUCCGAACCGACACCUACCAAGUACACCCAGACUCAUCAAAUGCUCUCAAUCAAGCCAUUGAAAACGCAUCGGAAUGGAACUCUCUCCUCAUUAUCGCUCGAGCAGAACGGGGCCCUCAAUGGGACAUUGGAACCCAACAGUUCCAUGUCGACCAGUAUUCCGAUCUGUACUACGACAACACUCCUCUCCGCGAAGUCACGAAAAAACCUGAAGACGAGAGCCCGCAAGAGAACACGCCCGGCCCACAGCCGCAUCGCUUCCCAGACCAACCUUCGCAUCAUUCCCACACGCCCCAUCGUGAACCCUCUCACAGAGACUUUCCCAUGCCUAAUAUGCACCAUUCUGCUACUCGCGAUGCUUCGCCGCAUCCAAUGCGCCAUCAGCCCGCUCAGGUCAAUUAUCCGUAUCCUGCAUCUCCCAGCGUACGAGGCCCUGCACCCAAUUCUUUUGCUGGAAGUGCGCCGUUCAAUGCUGGCCCACAAAACUUUUUCAGUGGUGCUGGGUCGGGUGGGCCUGGGAGAGGGCUUCCUCACGAUAGCGGCUCGAUAAGGAUGGGGGGCAUGGGCAUGGAAUUUGGUCAUCCAAAUCAAAUGAGCGGGAUGGGCGGAGGAAUGGGUGGUAGUAUGAGUAGCGGGAUGGGCGGGGGAAUGUCCGGAGGCAUGGGCGGGAGUAUAGGAGGAGGUAUGGCCGGUAUGGGGGGUAUGGGUGGCGGUAUGGUGGGUGGAGGAAUGGGUGGUGCACUUGGUGGCGGCAUGGGAAGCGGCAUGGGUGGCAGCAUGGGUGGCGGUAUGGGUGGUAUGGGAGGCGGCAUGGGCGGCAUCAGCAAUUCCGGAAUGGGCGGAGGCGGCAUGGGCAAUGGUGGCAUGGGCAGCCUGAGCAAUAUCGGCAUGAGCGGAAUGGGCGGUGGUAAUAUGGGAGGAAACAUGGCUGGCAUGGGCGGCGGCAUGGGAGGAGGAAUGGCCGGCAUGGGGAGCGGUGGACUCCCGAGUCGAAUACCGGGCGGUAUGAUGGGCAUAAACCCAGACAUCAGACGUAUGACAAGAGGCAUGGGCGACGAAGGUUUUAUACAUUGAUCUAGCAGGUACUGACAGUGACAAAUUUUUGUUGGACUCUGAAAAUGGUCAUCUCUUUCAUCCAGCACAACCUUUUUUUUUCCUCGACUGACCAGUCUAGCUGUUGUUGUCCUCGCAUUCCU